CAAAGUGUAAGACCAAAGAGAAAUAAUGUAUGCUUUUGUGAGGUUCUUGGAAGACGAUAUGUGUUACGCUUUACCCGCUUCAACUGUGAAAGAUUUUAGACCUCUGCACAAAACAGAUUUUGAUAAUCAGAAGGUGUAUCUGGUUCUCAGAACAGAAGAUAAUGGUACAGGCCAGCCGUGCAAAGCACAGAUUCUUGCCAUUGCAGAUAACGUUGAUGAGUUUGAACAUAGUACAAUGCAAAAAAAGAUGAAAAUUCCGAAGAUGUCAACAAGGAAUAUGGGAAAUUCUGUUGAGAACCACUUUGGGGAGGAACGACUUCCACUGAGACAUAAAAAGGCUCAGACACAGGACCAUGGGCGUCCCACUGCCAACUCCUCCAAGAGCCUGGCAGCUGUGGUGGCCCGCCUGGAGAGGAACGCUGUGAGUUCCUGCAUGGAGGGAGAGGAGGACCUGGAGGAGGACAGGCUGGAGGAGGAGGAAGAGGAGGAGGAAGAAGAAGAGGAGGAGGGAGACUCUGGGCCUGAGGAUGCAGUGGUACCGCGGGUUCUGUAUGAGGAGCUGGUCCACAGCUACAGGCAGCAGGAGGAGGAGGUUAGGAGGCUACAGCAGGAGCUGGAGAGAACCCGCAGGCAACUGGUCCAGCAGGCCAAGAAGCUGAAGGAGUAUGGCAGCCUGCUGACAGAAGUGAAGGAGUUACGUGACUUCAACAGGAGGCUGCAGGAUGUGCUCCUCAUGAGGCUGGGCAGCGGUGAGAGACACACACUCUCCAGUCACCUCUCACUGCAGCCUCCCAUGCACAUCUGUUCAGAGCCUAUGCAUGACAAUGGCACUCAGACAAUCAAAGCAGAGGUGGUGGAGCCCAUCAUUGAGCCACAGGAAGUGUGCAGAGAAGAGGCCAAUACCAGCUCCAGCCACUCCCCCUCCCCAAGAACAGUCUACACUUUUAAUGAUGGCAAGGUGCACCUGGGCGGGGGCAUCUGGGUGCAGGAAGAGAAGUGGCACCAGCUCCAGCGGACACAGGGAGACUCCAAGUUCACCAAGAACCUGGCCGUCAUGAUCUGGGGCACUGAGACCCUCAAGAACAGGAGUGUCACUGGUGUGGCCACCAAAAAGAAGAAAGAUGCCCUUCCCAAGCCCCCCCUCUCCCCAAGCAAGCUCAAAAUAGUCAGAGAGUGUCUGUAUGACCGAGUGUCUCAAGAAACGGCGGACGGUGCAGAGAUCACACAAAGAUUGUCCAAAGUGAACAAAUACAUCUGUGAAAAAAUUAUGGAUAUCAACAAAUCCAUCAAGAACGAGGAGAGGCGGGAAUCGAAGCUGCUCAUUAGACAAACCGUCAAGAUGGAGAAUUUCACCUACGAUGGCAUGUAGUGAUGAAAAGUUGUCACCAUACUAGAGCUCAUUCUCUUUUCUUGGACUGCCGAAACAGAAGAGGGUGGGUAGGUUCAUGUGUGCCAGGCCAGCACUAGAGAUCCUCAGUAGGCGCCCAAGGCCCUAAUCCAUCAGCUGUAAGACAGCUUUACCUGCAAGACAGCUUUACCUGUCAAUCAAUGCAGUGCGUGGUUAUGAACUGGUGUGAGAGAUUCUUAAAUCAAUCUGGUUGUGAGAGAAUGCAGUGGUGCUCCAACAAAAUAUUCUGUGUCAGAACAUGAUGUUGUGUCCUAAUAUUCUUAGUGAUUUCCCUUGAAAAAUAACUUCUGAUUUGUAAGAAGAUAUUCUGGAAUAAUCAUGCUAGUUUGUCGUGAUUGAGAGGUUAGCCACACUGAAGGCCUUAGUGUUGAGGUCUCUGUGUGUGCUAUUGGUACUUAAAGUGACGUGGGGAGGAUGUUAAUACGGACUUUUUCAACAGGGUCUCUCUGAUAUACAUGUCUUAAUUGAUACAUGCCACAUUGCGCAGAUAUUCUGUUGCCCGAGAGAUUAUUGCUGUGUGGUUAUCUAGAUGGGAUGCAAGGUUUGAGGUCUCGUUACCAUGGGAAUAUGCCAUUUGGAUUUCCAUAGUAUAGAGUACCAAUGAACAUUAAGUUUGGUAAAGAGAGGUUUAUCAUUAUUUGUCUGCGGUGCUUGUCCACAUCAGACGUGUAACGGUCUUGAGAAGAUAUGUUUUCUGGAUAAUGAUUUAGUGUGUAUACCCUACUUGAGAGAUCCAACUUGAGUUUACAUAAAUGUGAUUGUUGUAGUAGUGUCUUUAUUCAAGCUGUCCUGCAGAUCGUUCGACUGUUUUGGAGUUGUGGUACAAGAUUUUAAGCCCAGAAAGGCCUUAUGUUUAUGGGAAUCAUUGGGGACUGUGUCCUCCAGUUAUUUAGUAAGAUGUGAUUUUAAUCUAAAGUUAAGCUGAUAUCUUUAAACUGCACUUUGGUGUCUGAAUGUGAAAGUUUGUCAGGUACUGUGUUUGUUUGGCUGUGGGUAAAGCUGUCUGCAGUGGUCAGUGUUCUGGCUAGAUCCCUGGAUAAAGCACAAUUCCUGCUCUCUCACAGCCCUCUUCUUUGAGGCACACCACUGGGAAUGAAUUGCUAUAUAGUGACAACUUCCAAUGACAUGCCAUCAGAACUCUUCAAAUGUUUUUUCCCCAAACGGUUUGUCUGGCUGUCUGCAACCUGGAACUAAAUGCUGCGGAUUGAAUUCUCAACUGUGACCAUGUGGCUAACUGUGAAUCACCUGCAGGUCUGCCUGUCAAGCCUUUUUGCCUCCUCACUUUCUAUGUAUUUUUGUUUGUGUCUAUGGUUUUUCUUUUGUAUUUCUUACAGUUCGAUCAAUGUUUUGUUAAGCUACCAUAUGUGGGGAUAUUUUAGUGUAUAUAACUAGUCUCUUUUCACAAGUCAUGUACUUUUCAGUUUUUAGUCCGACUUACACAUUAACAUGGUAAACUCCUGUGUUUCUUUCUAUUGACAUUGUAAUUCCUUUGUUACCUGGCGGUAAUUUUUAUGUACAUUUUUUGGGUCUUUAAGCUUGAUAUUGUAUCCAAAUGUAGAUUAGAAGCAUAUAAACUCAAAGAAAAGACGUCUCUCUCACGUCGGUAAUCUCUAUGAAAAAUAAACUAGGCAAACCGCAAUUUAAAGUGAUGUCUUUAGGAGUCAAUAUAACCCUUCCCUUAUGUUCGAUUCGGCCUACAACUCAAUUUGAACCCGUACAGUAAGUACAUCACAAAUUACUUUAACCUCCCAAAAUGUAUUUAUUUUCCAGUAGCUGAGAAUGUCCUCUUUCAUAUGCUUUUAUCCCUAAAUUGAUAGACCCAACUGUUUAACAUUUAGCCAAAUGUUUGAUUUACUGAUUUUAUAACAUUUAUGACAUCAGAUCCCUGUCCCUCGGCCUCUGAACAUCACAGGGAGAACAUACUGAUGUCCUUGUGAUCAUCAAAGAUAUAUCUUUACUGCACAGAAAACCAUUUGUCUCUAGCACAAAGGUCAAAGUCGUGGUCAAAUUGACUUCAGAUAAAUCAACUUUGAAAAGAAGGGAAGGGUUAAAUUUCCCCUAUUUUAAGGACGGGCUGUAUUUUCAAAUCAAUCAAUGAACGCACUUUAAAUCUCUUGUGACAGAUUCUCCAUUUGUAAAGAAAUGGAUUUGUUUGCAAAACCGAUUUGGUCUCAACUUAUUUUGGCUAUUUAGAAGAAGAAAAAAGACUAAUAAUAAUAAUCGAUGCACCUUUUAAAUGGCCCUGAUAGGUCUGAGUUCUGGUUUAUUUGUAUGAACUGAAUACGUGUGAAGAGUGGUCCUUAGUAAGCUAUGCCUCUGGCACACAGUGCUUUAUAUUCCCCAGGGUUUGCCUAUUCCCACCAACAUGCCACUCCCCAGGUAUUGGAAUGGGCUUUAGGCAUGAAACUAAUAUGUAAAGGAUGUGUUUUUGUCCUUCCUGUAUGAACCAGACAGUAGAGCUAUACAGAGAGGAACUGUAUGUUAGCUAGGUCUUUAAAAUGUUGCGCUAAUCCUCUGUCUGCUGCUCUCUUGUCCCAUUGUUUAUUUUUUCCAUGUUUUGACAGUUAUUUUUAUGUGCUUUGAAUUGGCCCCACUAUUUCAAUGAUGUGGUUUUUUAAAGAUGUAGAUUAGGGUUCAGUGGGAAGUUGGAAACACUGGAAGUUCAGCUGGAAUUAUAUCCUGGUUGAAUGAUCGGCAACAAAAAAAACAGUCCUUUUUGGACACGGAUGGAUCUCAGUCUGCUGUUUGUUCUUUUUACAGACAACUUUUCAAAUGUGAGAAAUUGCACCUUCCCCAUAUUUUGUAGUGCUGAGGAGUAGCUAGUUGUUAGGAAAGCCAAGCUUUAUAACUGGCCCCUCCCUCCAGCUAUUUAGACAGCUAAUGGUUAAAAGUGGGCCUGGACAUUAGGUAUACAGUACAUGGCCUGGCCUCACUCAGCCCUCACAGCCAGUGAUCCCUAUGGCUACCCAGAUGAUGCUUAAGAAAACAUAGGCAAAGUGUCUUGUUGCAUUGCUAUAGCUUUGCUGUUAUUGACAGUAGAAGCAUGCUAAACCCCAGACUGCACUAGGUGCCAUUCUCUCUCUCGUGGUUAAACGUUGGAUCCAUCUGUGUUACCAGACAGGUCAUGUAUUGGAAUGGCUAUACAGCAGGGGAGGGCAGCUCUGAUCCACAGGGCUGGCAGGAUCCCUGAGCUUAGUACAAACAGACAGCAUGGGGACUGGCUGGGGGGAUCCGGGCAAGUUGACAUGAAACAAGCAGGGACUGUACUGUGCUUUUUCAUCAUCUAAAGUGAUUCACAAAUUCAAGGACAUUGAAAAUGUGCAUCACUACUGGAUUGUGUGCUCUUAACUGAAUGUGUAAAGAUGCUGGGUAUCUUGAGUGUUGUUGUGGGUGAGUGGUUAUAUUAAGCCAAAAUGUUGAAUGCUGAUAAUGGAGAGGGGGGUUGAACUUGCACAAAAAUGUCCCUUGCCAAGGUUUUAGUCCAGACUUAUCUAAGCUACCACAGAGACUAAAUAUAUUUUUGUUUUUAAAAAUUCUCCCUAAUGUAGAUAUCCUGCUAUCAUUUCUGUAGAAAUCAACAUGGUCCUGUUGAGUCCUUGCGCACAGUAUGUAUUACAUUACAUGCAUUUUAAAGCUUUUA